AUGUUGCUAAAUUUCUUUUUGGUAAAUAGUAUGAAGAAAUUAAAACACAGUCAUGUAUCAGGCAAGCGAAUAGUAAAAAGCAGUAAUGUGUCUUCCAAAGAAGUCAGCAAUAAUAAGCCGACAAAAUUAGAAUCCAUUGAUGAAGAUGAUCAAGGAUUCGGAGGAUGGCUCAGAUCUGAAGAAGGAAUGGAAAAUAUGAAACUGUUUGUGAUAGCUAAUACCAUCGUCUUGCUCACUACAAUGACGUACUCUCAUAUACAAUACUUUAUUGGAAUGAUAUCAGAUGCUUUGUAUGGUGCCGAUGGUGUUCUA